AUGAAACAACGAAUAACAUAUGUAGUCAAGAAACCAGAGGAGUUUACUCCCGAUCAACUUGAAGUCGGCGAAGACAAGCAUGGUCCGUACUUUGCCUUGGACAAUGUCGUUGCAGCAAAGGAACACCGUAUCACACUCGGUCUGGAUGAGCUACCUGAAGAGAUAAGCAAAUUCUUCCAACAAUGGCACGAAAUACACCUACGCUGGACAUCCCCAAGGCCUUACGCAUCUACUCCACCAUUCACAUCACGUGUCUCACCAGGUCUACACGUCUUCUUCACGCCUCUCUCAGAUACGCCUGAAGAUGCACUAUGUUCAGGGCUUCACUCCCUUAUUUCCCCAGAUCUGAAGUGUUUAUCUACAUCCUCCAGCUCCACCAAGAUGCCUGUCCUCUCAGAGCGCUUCUCAAUGUCGGCUACCUCGCAGUACUACGAUUACUUGGAUGAGAUCGACAGGAUGAAAGGCCCCUUCCAGCAAGCCUUUUGUGGAGUCGGAGAAAAUUCGAGUCAUUAUUGUCACAAUAGGGUCAAUAGCUUCGUUACGUCAAACUACCUCGAUGUGGACUACGACACUAUCUCGAGAAGCGUGGUCCUGACAGCUGGAUGGGCACAGGCAAAAGAUCCCAAUGGCUGGGAACUGGCCGGAGAAGAUGCCAAAGGCUGGACUGAGAAAAUCAGGCUUCCAAGUAAAGACGCAACAGUCGAGAUUGGGGUGUUGAGUCUGGAGGGGAACGCAGAUCCGGAAGACAUCCAAUUUGGAGGCUUCUUAACAGUGUUAGGGCAAGAUGAACGACCGAAACCCACACGUUUCCAAACCCCAACCCGACACUACCCCCUCCUCCAGGCCUCCAAGAACCCAACAGCACAACCCAAACUCCACCCUCUAACAUACAGCACCUCGUUCAACCAACCAACAGGCCUCCACCCAACACUAACACUCACCUUCCCUGCACACAAUCUCACACCCCCGGACCGCUCCUGCAAACUUCACACCCACUUGACCCUCCCCUCCUACCUCUUCAUCGACAAAUACCAAUUCUCCGACGCCCUCUUCCUCAAAAGUAAAAACCUAAAGCGCCUCCGCAGUCUAUCCGGAGCCACAGACCUCGAAGCCCCAGACUGGGUAGUUCCAGCCUGGGGGUCCGCCGCGCUCUUCGAACUCGGCGUACCCAAACCAGAGAAGAUUGACUACCCCAAAGUAGACCUCGGUGCUGGCGGGGAGAAUGCUUGGGGAGAUUUACCAACGCAUCGCGAGAUACCAGAGGGGCACUGGAAUGUCAGCAUACCCUUGCAUCUACGCUACAUGCCUGCUGAGGCCAAAUCUCAUGCUACACUGCCGGUCCCCUGGCCUGUAGUCUUUUGGGCUUGUCGGGCCGAGAGUGGCGCGCAGCAUACGUCUAAUCCGUUUGAUCGCGCACAUCUGGGGUACGAGGGAUUGUUUGGGCCGAAGACUAGGUUCAUGCAUGUGGAACCUGAGGUGCGGAAUCAGACAGCGGAGGGUAGCACGGAUCGAGAAUUUAGGGGAAUGGCGGUGCAGGAUGGUGGAUUGAUAGAGUGGAUUCGUGUGCCAGUGCUUAAUACAAGGAAGGCUGGGUGGGUCGAGGGAGGGACCGUUGGCGUGGUUUUGCUAGCGUUCUUGGGGUUGUGUUGGGUGCUGUUUGGGAGGAGUGGGAAGGGGGAUGUGAAGGAUGAGAAGAAGACGCAGUAG